ACGUCACAGGGAAUUUCCAGUAAGGAAGUCAAGUUUUCUGUACAAACACCGACUCGAUCCUGACAUUAUCUAUUGUGUCAGGUACUUUGUGAAAUUCAUUUUUCCUUCGCACGGAUUUCAUGCAUCUAGACAUCGAUGAUUUAGUUGGAAGCCAUCGGAAUUGUUGAUGCAAAUGACUUUGACAGACUCAUGCUGACGCGCUGUCCGAUUCGGCGAGCUUAGUGACUUUGCUGCGGCAUGGCGCAAUAAUUAGCCAAAGUAGAUUCUGAUUUUGCGUUUGGGUUGACUGAGCAAUUUUUAUGUUGAUCCUGGAUAUAGGACUGUAACUCAGAAAGGAACCAUGGCCGAAGAUGCUUCAUACCUUCACCACCAACAGUAUUUUGACUACAACUUAGACCCUAGCUGGAUUGACAUAGAACCCCCCGUGAAUCUCCCUAACAUGCCAUACACCACCAGCCUGAGAAUAGUUGAUGGACCUUACGUUCAGAUUGUAGAACAACCUAAACAAAGGGGCUUCAGGUUUCGCUAUGGCUGUGAGGGCCCUUCGCAUGGGGGACUCCCUGGCGCUUCCAGUGAGAAGAACAGGAAAACUUACCCACAAGUGAAGAUCUGUAAUUACCAGGGUCCGGCUCGUGUGGUCGUUCAGCUGGUCACCAACUCAAAGGACCCCCACCUGCACGCACACAGCCUGGUGGGUAAGCAGUGUGACAAGGGAAUCUGCAUCGCCGAGCUGCCCCCCAAAGACAAUACCAUCAGUUUUCCCAACCUGGGAAUCCUGCACGUGACCAAGAAGAACGUGACCAAGGUGCUGGAGGAGCGGAUGACGGAGGCCUACCGGAUGGGCUACAACAGCGGAGUGGUCAUCCACCCGGAGAUAGACGCAUGCCAGGGGGAGGUGCGCCUGCCCCGCGAACUAACAGAGCACCAGAAGAGCAUCAUCGCUACAGCGGCGACACACCAGUCCAAGGAGAUGGACCUGAGCGUGGUGCGGCUCAUGUUCACAGCCUUCCUUCCGGACAGCGACGGGGGAUUCUCACGCAGACUGGACGCGGUGGUGUCAGAGCCCAUCUACGACAGCAAAGCCCCAAACGCCUCCAACCUGAAGAUCGUCCGUAUGGACCGGACAGCAGGCUGUGUGACCGGAGGAGAGGAGGUCUACCUCCUGUGUGACAAAGUUCAGAAAGAUGAUAUUCAGGUGCGCUUCUAUGAAGAGGGAGACAAUGGCCUUACCUGGGAAGCGUUUGGUGACUUCUCACCCACUGACGUCCACAGACAGUUUGCUAUCGUCUUUAAGACCCCAAAGUACAGAGACUUGAACCUUCAGAAGCCAACCUCUGUAUUUGUUCAGCUGAAGAGGAAGUCGGACAACGAAACUAGUGAACCCAAGCCCUUCACCUACCAUCCGCAGAUCAUAGAUAAGGAGGAGGUCCAGAGGAAGAGACAGAAGACGCUGCCUAAUUUCCAGGACUACGGCGGAGCAGGGGGGAUGUACCGGGGCGGUGGCGGGGGCGGACCGGCUACCGGAGGGGGGCCAGGCACGGGAGGAGGAGGAGGAGGAGGAGGUUCCUACUACCACGGAUACAACUUCCCAAACUACUCAGGCUCAGGCUACACGUUCGCCCCAGGCAUGGGGGGUGGAGCUACCAACAUCAAGCACGCAACCACCCAACCUCAUGUGGAGGACAGCGAUAAUGAUAGUGAUGCUGGUGGUGAUGACGAUGACGAUGACCCAGCCUCAGGAGGUGUGGUUAGGAUCGCCCCCCAGCCAGAUGUUGGCAUCCCCGGAGAGGCGACAGAAUUUCGAGGGGUUUCUGCGGAAGAGGGUGACGAGACGGACAGGAUGAACACAGUGUGUCUCCUGGAGUCGCGCCUGGCCGACUUGGCUGAAAGGCAGGCGCUCGCUCUGCUCCAGUAUGCGGUCUCUGGAGACCCGUGUGCGCUGCUGGCUCUACAGCGCCCCCUGAUGACCGCACAGGAUGAGGAUGGAGACACUGGGCUUCAUCUUAGUGUUAUCCACAGCCAGCCAGACUCAGUCAGGAGUUUGACUCAGGUCAUAACGGCCCUUCCAGGAGAGGACGUGCUCAACAUGAGGAAUGACCUCUACCAGACCCCCUUGCACCUGGCGGUGAUCACGCAGCAGACGGAAGCCAUGGACGCCCUACUGGACGCUGGGGCGGAAGCCAGUCUCACCGAUCGCCAUGGCAACACGGCCCUGCACCUGGCUGCCCAGCAGAGGGAAGGGGGCAUGAUGGCCCAACUCCUGCGGCACGGUGGCAUGGCGGAGCUGACGGACGUGCCCAACUCCAUGGGCCUCUGUGCUCUGCACCUGGCUGUGCUGGCUAACAGCCUGUGUGCGGUGCGGGCACUUCUUCAGGCCGGGGCCAGUGCCCACGUGCAGGAGCUCACCAGCGGACGCACACCACUCCACCUGGCCGUCGAGCUGGACAACGUCUCGCUCAGUGGCUGCCUGCUACUGGAGGGCAACGCUGAUGUGGACUCCUGCACUUACAACGGCUCCACCCCUCUCCAUAUUGCAGCCGGACGCGGAUCUGUCAAGCUCAGUGCUCUACUCAUGGCUGCAGGGGCAGACCCUCAUAAGGAGAACUUUGAGCCGGUUUUCUUCAGAGAAGAUGAGGACACCAGCAAGCAAGCCAUGGAGGAUGAGGAGGACGAAGGCUUCAUCCCUGGAAUGACUCCUCUGGACAUGGCUGCCUCCUUAGAAGUGCGAGAAAUCCUGAGUGGGAAGGAGUACCAGCCAGAGAGCAGUCCCAUCCCUGUCCUGGCCCAAGGGGACAUGAGGAGCCUGGGGCCGGAGGUGAAGCAGGCUCUGUGUGCGGCCCUGGAGGAGCAGCGGGGCGGCUGGGAGAGUCUGGCCCACUCUCUGGGCCUCGGCGUGCUGACCACUGCAUUCCGCCUCAGCCCCUCGCCCGCCGGCACUCUGCUGGCCAGUUACGAGGUGUCGGGGGGCACGGUCCACGAGCUGUUCGAGAGCCUGCGGCUGGUGGGAAACAGUAGGGCCCUGAAAGUGCUCCAGCGCCACCGCCCGCCUGCACCCGUCCCUCCGCCCGAACACCCGACGCACGCCACCGGUCUGUCUGAGGACAUCCUGGGCCUGAAGCUGGGUCACGAAGAGAACGGAGCGUGCGACAGCGGGGUGGAGACGUCCUUCCAGCAGCCUAGCCUCAGCCUGACCGAGUCCCUGUGCGGCCACUUAGAGCUGCCCGAAACCCCCCAGCAGGCCGUGGCCUAGAGCCAGAGUCAGUCCAGGCCCCACAACCCAAGCCACUGGACCCUCCAUCAGUCAGUCACCUCCUCCAGCUUGACGCCACCACCAACACCACCACCACCACCACCGCCAGCCAACCAGCCAUCCAGUGAGCCAGUCAGCCACUUGCCAAAGAGGCGAAGGCCCAGUGGGGUGUACUGACUGUUGUGGUCAGUGGGUGGCACUGGGGCAGACCACAUUGAAACAAACACUCCACUCCAAGCCAGCCUCACCGGCUGGCAUGGAGGAAUGGAUGUCCAUGACAUCCCAACCCAACCCAACCCAACUCCAAAUCUAAUUAUAAAAGCUUGGCCCAGAGUCUGCUUCCACAGGCACUUGUUUUGGAGUCAUUCAUAUAUGCGCCAUUAGAGUCUCUUCAGUGCUUUGUUUCAAAAAAAAAAAAAACCAUAUUGUUUGAAGAGUCAGUUUUAUUUCUCUUCUCUUCUUGUAUGGUAAUGUGGGGGGGGGAACCCUACUCCUUUCCUGCGUAUCAACUGAUGACUAAGCUCUGUCUUUUUUGUUUUUUCGUUUACGUAAUGACUCAGACAUUUCUAGAAAGGCUCGACUGCGGGGUCUGUCGAGGAAAUGCCUCCAUUCAAAUCACAUCUGGCAUUUUGGGGCAGCGUUUUAGUAGUGCACAGCCGUCCCUGCUGAGGGUAACACCAUGGUCACGCUUGAGCCUCUGCGCUUCUGUGGCUUCCGGAAACAUCCUUCUAACAUUGUGGCCGUCACCCCUUCACUUUCUAAACACGCUGUUCCCAGAGGGCUUUCUAGAACUGUCUUUUCUUCAUUUUGACUUGGCAGAGGAUAUCUGCUGCCUUCCUCACUCACAGAGAGCACCAUUAUGUUCUGAAGUCUGUUAAGAAGUCUAAUAAUCCUGACUUCUUUAGAUGUUCUUCUUUAGAUCUCUCACAUCUGGCCUGCAUCUGGCCCAGAUUUGGCAGACUAUCCAUUCUAGAACCGGCUGUUAUCUGAGUGGUUCCUGACCUGCACAAUUGGACAACUUCCUGCCAAACUAGAAAUA